CGUGUCAUAGCCCCGGUUGACCUACUCAUGGUUGUUCCUUCUCUGGCACUUGCCGGGACUAAAUUUGUAGGUUUCCUGGUCUGAUCGCGUAAGACUUAUUGUAUCAUUCAUUAUGAGACGACGUCCUGUGCUUUCCUUCUGUAUCGCCACCUUCAAUUUUGCCAAACCAAGAUUGUUUCUCAUUCGAACAGAAGAUCGCCAAUCUCUGACUUUUGCAACCAAGAAUCUCAGCCUCCGUUACAGACCUGACUCGAAGCUUGACACAAUCGCAUACAUAGAUCUUGUGACAACAGUACUGCGCUACUUCAUGCCUCAGCGUGAGCAGUGUAAAAGGUCGGAAUCAGGCGGCCAGUGGACUUCAUGAUACAUCGAAUCACUAUGACAUCGCCUCAACGGAUAUUGAUAUAUCUGUUGCGACGCGAUCUGCGACUAUGCGAUAAUCCCGUCUUUCAUGAGAUACAUAAGCUUUCUCAACAAUCUGAAAAGCUAUUUACUCACGUGCUACCGCUCUAUGUCUUUGCUGCUCAGCAGGUCGAAGUUUCGGGAUUGCUAUCCGACUCCGACUCAAAAUCACCUUUUCCGGAAGCGCGGUCAGAAGUCGGAGGAUUCUGGAGAUGUGGUCCUCACCGCGCAAAGUUCCUCGCAGAGUCGGUCUGGGAUGUGAAAUCAGAACUGGAGAAGGUGGGAAGUGGCCUAGUCAUUCGAGUAGGAAUGCUGGGUCAAGUCGUACGGGACCUUCUGGAGCAGUUCAAGCAAGAAAAGGAAGAGGUAACCAUCUCGGGAAUAUGGAUGACGGAGGAAGAGGGCGUCGAGGAGAAGCGAGAGGAGCGCGACGUGCGCAAAGAAGCAGAGAAGGCUGGCAUCGAGUUCAAAUUGUGGAUCGAUGAGAAGUACUUCAUUGACGAUCGGGAUAUACCCUUCGAUAAGCCUUCAGAGCUUCCAGAUGUGUUUACGAGUUACCGAAAGUCGGUAGAACCACUGAGGGAUGCACCGCGGAAGAUUACCCCUGCUCCUCCUUCCUUGCCCUCCAUGCCAACCUCAAUACCGCUACAAUCCGGUCCGUUCUCAAUACCAGAUACUUACGAGAAACUGGAAUCCGCGCUCAUGAAGCCUCUUUUGGAGAAGCCUCCUCUGGACAAUCCACCUGUAUUUCCGUCCGAAGUCAAAAGUGCACAUCCAUUCUCCGGAGGGUGUACGACCGGCAUCAAACGAGUCGAAUCACUCAUCGCCUCCGGCUCCAUGACGAGAUACAAAGACACCCGGAAUGGCUUGCUGGGGACGGACUUUUCAACCAAGCUCUCUGCAUGGUUGGCGCUUGGCUGCAUCACGGCUCGCCAGAUACAUCACCAGUUACUGGAAUUUGAAGACGGUCGAAUUGAGCAGUACAAAGGAGUGCAGGGAUACGGCAAAGGUGAAAACAAGGGCACUGCGGCCGUUCGUUUCGAAUUACUAUGGCGCGAUUACAUGAGGCUGUGUACGCGCAAGUUUGGCCCGCGGCUGUUCCGAUUAGAAGGCUUCCGGAACGACAGCUCUUACCCGUGGAAGACUCCAGGACGCGGCGUGCCUGAGGUGGAGGAGAUGGUCGAGCGCUUCCUCCGCGGUGAAACGGGCACAUCACUCAUCGACGCGAGUCAGCGCGAGCUCUAUCUGACGGGAUACACGAGCAACCGUGCACGGCAGAACGUGGCGAGUUUCCUGGCCAAGCAUUUGGGGGUCAACUGGAAACUGGGCGCUGAGUGGUAUGAGAGUAUGCUGACAGACUACGACGUGAGUUCGAACUGGGGCAAUUGGCAAUACGUUGCGGGCGUGGGGAAUGAUCCCAGGGGUGAGGCGAGAGUGUUUAACCCGGUCAAGCAGGCUUGUGAUUAUGAUCCAGAUGGCGAGUACUGCAAGGCUUGGGUGGGCGAGUUACGAGGGCUGGAUAAGCCUCAGGAGAUAUUCCAGCCGUGGAAAGUGAGUCACGAGAGACGUGCGGAACUAUGGCCUGAAGGGUUGCAGAGUGUUGAGCGGCCGCUGAAGAGGAUUGAGUUUAGGGUGGGUGGGAAAGGUAGAGGUGGUGGUGGUGGUGGCGGCGGCGGCGGCGGGAAGUAUGGCGGCAGUAGUCGACCCAGAGGAGAGGGAGGGCAGAGAGGCCGUGGAAGCAGAAGUUUCAGAUCUGGAUCCAGAGGAGGAUUAGCAUAUCGUGGACGAGGUGGAAAGGGUGACAGAGGUGCUGCUUCCAGAGGGACGAACCUUCAUGGUCGGCAAGGCAUGAUGGAUAAAGUCAGGGAGACUGAGGCAGAAGCGGACGCAUAG